CUCCCACAGCAUCUGGCCGGAGCCUUGGCCCUGGCGGCUGGAGCUCACGACAAACUUGUCUAGAUACGGGGUGCCCCCCAGUACGGGCUCCGUGGUCAGAAUGGCGGCCGCGUUGUACCUGGCGCAGCAGGGGAGAGGCAGGCUGGGACCUCUCCUUGGCCCCCAAGCUGCCCGGCUCUGUCCCUCGGUCCCUGCCCUCUGGGGCCCGCAGGCUCACCCCUCAGAGACGUAGACAGAGUGCAGCCGGGGGCGCAGCGAGGCCAAGUAGUCAUCCCGGAGCGUCUUGCCGAAGCUGGCGUUGACCAGGUUCACCAGGCGGCCCUGGUCCAGGCUGUCCAGGCUGUGCACCCGCAGCAUCCGCUCGGCGUUCUUGAACAAGGUACCGGACCCUGGGGGUGGCAUGGAGGGGGAGAGGUUAGUCGAGCCCAAGAGCCAGGUCCUAUCCGCUCCUGCAUUUGCCCUGCCUGGUGGGGGGUCCAGAUAGGCCAGGAGCCGGUGGGUCAGUGACCAUCUUUGGAAGUUCUUCACAGUGAAGUGAUUUCUGUGGUCUGCAUAGACAUGUACCUGAUUUUCACACAGGGAGAUGCUUUCCCCUGGCAGUCUGACCCUCAACUUCCGUCAAUCGUCCAUAGUCCCACCUACUAACCCCUAGACCCACCUACCUGCCCCGAAACCGGGUCUGCCGCGUCUUCCCCCCCCGCCCCCCCAGGCGCGGCCCUCGCUCACCCUUGUUGCUGAAGAGCUCGGUGAGCAGCGUGCUGGCGGCGGUGAUGACGGCCGAGGAGUGGUGCGGCAGGCGGCUGAGCACGUCCACGAUGAGCCGCAUCUGCUGUCGUUCCUUGGUGCUCACCCACUCGGCGUUGGUCACCAGGUCCAGAUCGGCGGGCAGGUUCACGUUACUCAGGACCUGCGUCCAGGCCCGGGGGGCCUCCUGUGUUAUUGAGGAAGAUGAUCUUGGUGGGCUGUAACGCCUUGGCUAGAGCCGCGGUCACCUCCAGCGAGUCAAGGAGCACAGAGCGGCGUGCGGUGGUCUCCCCGAUGGGGCACAGGAUGGGGAUGCUGCCGGACUCCAGACACCACUGUAGCAGGCCAUACGCUACAAACCAGACUAGAAGCACUGUGAGGCCAGCUUUGGUGUUCCUUUUCCUCCUUUCCCCAAAUGUAUGCCCCUGUCUACCAAGACCAGUGUUCAGAUCCGAUGGGAAAGGGAACCGGAAGCUCUGUGCUCCCUGUGCUGGGAGUCAGGACUCUUGGGGCUCUGCCUGAAUGGCGAGCGGUGGCCUGAGCUGCUUCUCUCCUGAGUAUCCCAGAGGAUGCUGGAGUGAAGUUUAUCAGUGUGCCCAGAAUCAGGAUCCUGUCUUCUCGCCAGGCCCUGGGUCAUGGAGAUGCUGGGAGCAGACACAACCUCCCAACCUCUCCAGACACUUCCCCUCAGCAUGGGCCUCAGCCUUGAGCACAGGAGCUGGUUUGAAGGGCCGAGGCUGUCCCUCCUACUAGAGCCGUCCUUGGCCGCCACUCAGGACAGGCGGGCAUGGAAGUGACAGGAAGCUGGGCAGAAAGGCUUUGCCAAUACCUGUUCUGGAGAGAAGCCUGAAACCUGGGAAUGCACCAUGCCACAGGGAUCUGUCGCCGCGCUUUACAGAGGGACCGACGACUUGGGGCUGAGAUAUAAGCCCCGCAGGGAAAGUGCUGAGCAGAGGAGGAGGCCACAGCCCGACCUGCAGCAGUCCAGCCCUUGGGACUCCUUUCGCCUUCCACCUGCUCAUCUCUGCUUCUGGGGCUGUCGCCAUGGUGACGGUGCGCAGGCCGUGGCCCGCCAUGGCCACAGUGCUGCUGGCCCUGCUUGCCUGCCUGGGGGCGCUGGUCCACGCCUACCCCGCCAAGCCGGAGGCUCCCGGCGAAGACGCCUCGCCGGAGGAGCUGAGCCGCUACUAUGCGUCGCUGCGCCACUACCUCAACCUGGUCACUCGGCAGCGGUAUGGGAAACGCGACAGCCCGGAAGCGGUCCUCUCGAAACUGCUCUUCCCCGACGGCGAGGACCGCCGGGUCAAGUCACGGCCAGAAGGCGCGUACAUGUGGUGACGACCCCAAGGGCUCCUGGGAGAUACGCUAACUACACCGACCUCAUUUGCAUGGUAGCUCCAGACCCCGAAACCUGGGUUCCUCUCCCUGCCUGCUGCGCCUGGGGGAUGGGUGCGGGAUGGGGUCUUCAUUCCAUUUCUCCGUGUCCCCAGCCCCUGGGCUGGAGGGCUGUGUGUGGUCUUUCCCUGGUCCCCAAAUAAAGAGCAAAUUUCA